AUGACAGAAAAAACUCUUGUUGAAAAGUGGUACGAUGCCCACGCCGAAGCCGAGGAGCACCGCUUAGACGAAGGGCGCCUGGAAUUCGAAGUCACCAAGCGGAUUACCAAUUCCUGCUUGUCUACGCUGGGUUUGCACCGAGCGAACAUCUUAGACGUCGGUGGUGGACCGGGCAGAUACGCCAUUGCACUAGCAACCCAAGGCCACCUCGUCACCCUAAACGACCUAUCAGAAAAGAGCCUAGCCAUCGCAAGAAAGAACGCAGAGAAACAAAAUGUCAACCUCAACGCCAUCAUCCACGCAAACGCCCUCGACAUCACCCAGCACCCCCUCCUCAAAACCUCCCACGCCUCCUUCGACAUCGUGCUCUGUCUCGGCCCUCUGUACCACCUCAUCGCCCCCACAGACCGAGCCCACGUGAUACAAAACUGCAUCGACAUGGCCAAACCCGGUGGCUAUAUCCUCCUCGCAUACGUAACCAUCUACGCCCACCUCCGCGAUCUAGCCACGCGUGAACCCGCGCGACUCGCUCUUGAAUGGCAGUUUUACAGCGAGUACCUGCAAACUGGAGCGUACACGCGGAAUCCGGCUACGAGCUCUUUCCACGUGCAGCCUGCGGAUUUGAUGGAGGAGUUUGUUGCGUUCAGAGAGCAAGUGGGUGUGGAGAGGGUGGUAGGUUGUGAGGGGUUUCUUGGGGCGGGGGGUGCGAAGGGGGUUGUGGGGUUGGAUGAGGAGGGGGUGAGGAGGUGGGUAGAUGUUGUGAUGAUGAGUGCGGAGCGGAAGGAGAUGGUGGGUUGUGCGGAUCAUUUAGUUGUGGUGUUGCGGAAGGGGAUGUAA